CCAGAAUUAUUAUAAUAAAUAAUUAGUUGUUAUAUUAUCAAUCGAAUUAUUCUCUUCAAAAUCGAAACCUCUAAAGAAGAAGAAGAAGAAGAAUAGGAAGAUGGGGAGGGCAUAUGUGUAUGUGAUACUGGGAGGAGGGGUGGCAGCUGGAUAUGCAGCUCUUGAAUUCACCCGGAGAGGUAUCUCCAACGGUGAACUCUGCAUCAUUUCCGAGGAGCCUGUUGCCCCUUAUGAGAGGCCUGCUUUGAGCAAAGGCUUUCUACUUCCGGAAGCCCCUUCACGCCUUCCAUCGUUUCACACAUGUGUUGGUGCUAAUGAGGAAAGGUUAACUCCAAAAUGGUACAAGGAACAUGGGAUUGAAUUAGUUCUUGGAACUCGAGUUAAGUCUGUUGAUGUCAGACGCAAGACGAUAUUGACAGGAUCUGGAGAAACAAUAACCUACAAGUUUCUCGUUAUUGCAACAGGUGCUCGGGCAUUGAAGCUGGAGGAGUUUGGAGUCAAAGGAUCAGAUUCUGAAAACGUGUGCUAUUUACGAAAUUUGGCUGAUGCAAAUAGACUUGUCAACUUAGUGCAAUCUUCCCCUGGCGGGAAUGCUGUUGUCAUUGGUGGUGGCUACAUUGGAAUGGAGUGUGCUGCAUCGUUGGUGAUCAAUAGAAUGAAUGUGAAAAUGGUUUUUCCCGAAGAACAUUGCAUGGCACGAUUAUUCACACCCAAAAUUGCAAGUUACUAUGAAGAAUUUUACAAGUCCAAAGGAGUGAAUUUUGUUAAAGGAACCAUAUUGUCCUCAUUUGACAUUGACCCUGAUGGGAAGGUCACAACUGUUAAUCUUAGAGAUGGAAGUAGUCUACCUGCGGACAUGGUUGUGGUGGGAAUAGGAAUCCGUCCAAACACAAGCCUAUUUGAAGGUCAGCUGACGCUGGAGAAAGGUGGGAUCAAAGUGAAUGGAAAAAUGCAGUCGAGCAAUGGCUCAGUCUAUGCAGUUGGAGAUGUUGCAGCAUUUCCAGUCAAACUAUUUGGUGACUCCCGUAGGCUUGAACAUGUUGACUCGGCAAGAAAAACUGCUAGACAUGCUGUUGCUGCAAUUAUGGAACCAAACAAGGCGGUUGAAUUUGACUAUCUACCAUUCUUUUACUCCAGAGUGUUCACCUUGUCUUGGCAGUUUUAUGGGGACAAUUUAGGAGAUGCAGUCCAUUAUGGUGAUUUUUCUGGAGGCACAUUUGGGGCUUAUUGGGUUAGCAAUGGUCAUCUUGUUGGGUCUUUUCUUGAAGGGGGAACCAAAGAAGAGUAUGAAGCAAUAGCCAAGGCCACCAGGCUGAAGCCAGCAAUUGAAGACGUGGCCGAAUUAGAAAGGCAAGGUUUGGGUUUUGCAUUGUCUGUAAGUCAGAAACCACCAGCAUCACCACCUCGUGAAGUUGCUGCUUCUGGCAUCAUUGUGGACAGACCAAUAUACGCUUUUCAUGCAACUGCCGGCGUUCUUCUGGCUGCAUCAAUAGCUGCAUUUGCAUAUUGGUACGGUAGAAAGCGCAGAAGGUGGUGAAGAUUUGGUUGAGUUGGAUUGUAUCAUACCCAUGCGAGCAUUAUAGGUUCUAGGAUAUUGAUCAUUACUGCUAUUUGAUCAUAUAUGUAUUCAAGCAGAUUGUAGCUCACAAUAAUUAAUGAACACGAAAGUUAACUACAUCCCCGUUCACUUCUAAACUACA